CCAUGAGAUCCAACAUGACAAUAUUUUUUUCCAUUGUUGCUGCUAAUCUGCACUCUCUCUACAGUUCGACUUGAAAUAAACCCUGACAGCAAAAUUAUUCCACUUUUAAAUCGGGGAAUGGAAACAGCACAAACCUCUGACCCUGAACAAACAUGUAAACCUGACAUCAAUUCUGUUCUGAGAGAGAUGAGUGCCUUGUUGGCUGAACUGAAAGCAGAGGUUAGACACUUACAGAAAGAGAAUGAAGCACAGGCAGCUAAGGUCAGAGAACUGGAGUUACAAAAGACAGAGUUGGACAAGCUGAAGGAACAGCACCAAGCACAGGGAGGAGAGCUGAUCACCAUUAAAAGUAGGGCAAACAUCACAGAAAACCAGGUGGAGGCCCUGAAGAGAGAAGCAGAAGUCAAACGUGUGGCUUUCUCAGCCACAGGCUCAGGCUCAGGAGAUAUUGGAGCAUUUAACACACACGUGCCUCUGGUCUUCAAAUAUGUUGUUUCCAAUAUUGGAAAUGCCUAUAAUUCACACACAGGUUCCUUCACUGCACCAGUAAGAGGAGCGUACCACUUUGAAUUCUACGUAUUUGGACAUCAUCCACAUCCUACAGGGGCUGUGUUGGUCAAGAAUGGAGAGCACAUCUUUAUUGCAUACGAACAUUCGAGCAGUCCUCAUUCAGUCAGUUCUUCUAAUGGUGUCACAUUGCUAUUAGAGGUAGGAGAUGUGGUGUUUUUGCGACUGUGGAAAGGCGCUUCGAUUGUUGACAAUGUAAACCGGCACACCACCUUCAGUGGACAUCUGCUUUUCCCCAUGUGAGAAGAAAAACAGCCUAAGAUACCAGUGCAAUCACACUCUACCAGUGUAUUAGUUACUCUGCAUUUUUACUAGAUAUGAAGCUGACUGAGCAGCCACAAGUAUGAAUAUGUGAAUUAUGUAAACUAUCAUCAUGUUUUCUUACUUUGUUUAGCCUUUUAUUUAAUUGUUGGCAAAUUUUAUUUUUUAAAAAGAGAGAUUGGUUUAAAUGUUUUCUUUUGCUUCUUCUUCUACUUUUUUAAAAAGUUGAAUAGUAUCAGACGCAGAACUUAAACACAA